UGUAAGGUUCUUUUAACCACACGUGAUGAAGCAGACUGUGUCCUCAUGAGAUGCGACCAUUCAAUUUCUCUGAGUCCUUUAUCUAAUGACGAAGCUUUGACAUUGCUACAAAAAAUUUCUGGUGUUAACUCCCAAUCUGGUCUAUUUGAAGUGGCACAAAAAGUUGCUUUUAAAUGCAAUGGCUUACCUGGGUUGGUUGAAAAGGUGGCAUCUUCCUUGAAAAAUAUGUCCAUUGGGAAGUGGGAAGAAUCAUUAGUUAGUCUAAGCCACUCAACAGCGCAAUAUCAAAUUUUUAUCAGCUUUAGAGGAAACGAUACUAGAGAGAUUUUCACAAAAUAUCUUUAUGACGCUUUGUGUAAGGAGGGAUUCCAGACCUUCAAAGAUGAUCAAUCAUUGCAGGGUGGUGCCCCAAUUGAGGAACUUCUUGAAGCCAUCGAAGAAUCAAGGUUUGCAAUUGUUGUUUUGUCAGAAAAUUUUGCAGACUCUAAAUGGUGUCUUAAAGAACUUAUCAAGAUUCUUGAUUGUCGGAAGAGGAAGAAACUAUUGGUUUUGCCGAUAUUUUAUGAAGUGGAACCAACAGACAUAAGACAUCUAAAAGGGAGGUAUGGUGAAGCUAUAACCGAACAUGAAAAGGAGUUAGGAAAAGAUUCUACGACAAUAAUGGAAUGGAAACAAGCAUUGAGUGAUAUUUCCAACUUGAAAGGAGAGCAUUACAAAGGAGGGACCAGAGAUCAAUUUAUCGAAAAGAUUAUAAGAUUUGCCAAUUAUAACAGACAUCGCUUAUAUAUACAAAGCAUGUACAUGAACUAGAUGGCUUCUCUUACAGUGAGUGCAGUGCAAGACAACGCUAAGUGCAGAUGUUGGGAUUUGGCAUUUGUUGUUAAUGUCUUUCUCAGUUUUAUGCUUAUUUGUUUCCUUCUGUCGUAUUUUGGGCUGGCUGCUUUUGACCCCCCAUUGUGUGUCAUAUUUUUGUAUGUAGAUGAUGGAGUACCUUAUGCUCCCUUUUAUUCUAUUUGACUUUUUUUUUAAAAAAAAAUGACUAAGCUAGUUGCAAAUGGGUCUAGGCUCAUAUAUGAAUUUUGAUUGUAAUUUAUACAUUUUUUUAAUAUUAUUUAUUUACUCAUGAAAAAAAAUCCUA